AUGUCUAUCUAUAGAUUCAGCUCUCUAUCUGUCUCUCUUUGUCGCUCUCUGUAUCAUUCCGUUUCUAUUUCUCUCUAUUUCUCAUUAAUCUAUUUCUGUCUCUCCUUGCUAUUUACACUCUCGUCUCUGUCUUUCUCUCUCUCUCUCUCUCUCUCUCUCUCUCUCUCUCUCUCUCUCUCUUUCGCUCUGUGUCACUACUUUUCUCUUACUCUCUUUUUUCUUUUUUUCUCUUUCUCUCCCUUUCUGUUUUCUUUCUAUCUCUUUCUCGUUGUUACCUAUUGUUACCUUGUUUCUCUCUUUUUAUCUCUCAUUCGUUCAUUCCUUACAUCUGUCUCUCACUUGCUCUGUGUGUAUCUGUCUUUCUCUCUCUUUCUCUUAAUCACUGUGUCUUUGUCUACGACUCUCUUUCUCUCUCUCCCUCUUAAUUUCUCUAUAUGUAUCUAUAAUAUUCAAUCUCCCUCUUUCUCUCGCUCGAACCAUACCAUCUGGGUCUGGUUCUCUCUCUCUCUCUCUCUCUCUCUCUCUCUCUCUUUUCUUUCUCCUCUUCUUUUCUGUCACUUACGCUCCCAUCUCACUGUCUCUCUCUUCUCUCUCUAUCUCUCACUCACUCUUAUUCACUUUGUACUUAUUUCUCUCUAUAUAUUUUUCUCUGCGUGUGUGUGUGUGUGUGUGUGCGAGUAUGUCUGUCUGUGUCACACUUUCUCAAUCUUACACUGUAUAUCUUUGUAUCUCUAA